AUGCAUCAUUCUGUGGCCUUUAAAAAUCAUGUACGCGAAUUUUCCUGCGGCACACUAUAUUAUCGAACAUUCUUCGUGGAUUCCAAACGAGACGCUCUUUACGUGGGAGCUAUGGAUCGACUGUAUCGGCUGAAUAUGAAUAACAUCAGCGCAUCACAUUGUGAAAGAGAUUCCAUAAAUCUGGAGCCCAGCAACGUUGCGCAAUGCGUGUCUAAAGGAAAAUCAGAGCACUUUGACUGCCGGAACCAUGUUCGUGUGAUUCAACCGAUGGGAGACGGAUCCCGUCUCUACGUGUGCGGGACGAACGCACACAGUCCAAAAGAUUGGGUCUUAUACGUCACUUCUUUUAGCUUAGUUUUAGCCUAA